AUGAAGCCAUUUGGAUCAACUAUGAGGCAUAGACUUAUUUUCUACCGAGACAUGUCCGGUAAGCGAGCAAACGAAGCCCAUGGAGGAUUUGGAGUGUCUACUGGCCCGAGCAGCAGCGCCAAAGGCCUUGAUCGAA